AUGAUGAUAAAGAUCAUUAUGAUGAUAAAGAUCAUUAUGAUGAUAAAGAUCAUUAUGAUGAUAAAGAUCAUUAUGAUGAUAAAGAUCAUUUACAAUGACACAUCACCUUACAUGGCAACUAUGUCUCGUUGUCAAGCUCCUGCGCCGCGUUACCAAGUGAACGAUAAUAUCAGCAAGUAUCGCUCACCGGACUGGUCUGUCACUAAGAUUAAGAGGCAACUUGAUGAACAUGAAGCUAAGAUUAAGAGGCAACUUGAUGAACAUGAAGCUAAGAUUAAGAGGCAACUUGAUGAACAUGAAGCUAAGAUUAAGAGGCAACUUGAUGAACAUGAAGCUAAGAUUAAGAGGCAACUUGAUGAACAUGAAGCUAAGAUUAAGAGGCAACUUGAUGAACAUGAAGCUAAGAUUAAGAGGCAACUUGAUGAACAUGAAGCUAAGAUUAAGAGGCAACUUGAUGAACAUGAAGCUAAGAUUAAGAGGCAACUUGAUGAACAUGAAGCUAAGAUUAAGAGGCAACUUGAUGAACAUGAAGCUAAGAUUAAGAGGCAACUUGAUGAACAUGAAGCUAAGAUUAAGAGGCAACUUGAUGAACAUGAAGCUAAGAUUAAGAGGCAACUUGAUGAACAUGAAGCUAAGAUUAAGAGGCAACUUGAUGAACAUGAAGCUAAGAUUAAGAGGCAACUUGAUGAACAUGAAGCUAAGAUUAAGAGGCAACUUGAUGAACAUGAAGCUAAGAUUAAGAGGCAACUUGAUGAACAUGAAGCUAAGAUUAAGAGGCAACUUGAUGAACAUGAAGCUAAGAUUAAGAGGCAACUUGAUGAACAUGAAGCUAAGAUUAAGAGGCAACUUGAUGAACAUGAAGCUAAGAUUAAGAGGCAACUUGAUGAACAUGAAGCUAAGAUUAAGAGGCAACUUGAUGAACAUGAAGCUAAGAUUAAGAGGCAACUUGAUGAACAUGAAGCUAAGAUUAAGAGGCAACUUGAUGAACAUGAAGCUAAGAUUAACACAAAGUGCUGCCACAUUGUUCAAUAA